AUGGCAGAAAACGGCAAGGGCCUCUCAGAUGGAGACUCUGCCAACAGCGUGGUCGCAACCUUCAUCGUUGUAUUUAUCAGCAUGGCCCUGUAUAAUGUCCUCGAGCUAAACUUUGUCAUUUUCGGCACCUUCAAGAAGCGAAGCGGCCUUUACUUCUGGAGUUUCCUUAUCGCAACCUGGGGAAUAGCGCCGAACGCGAUCGGCUACCUCCUGAAGCAUCUUGCUUUAACAAACAUCAGCAACCUUCCCGCUACCCUGAUCGUGACCGGAUGGUGCACAAUGGUCACGGGCCAGUCCGUCGUGCUAUAUUCACGGUUACGCCUUUUAUCGCCGAACCCGACUAUUCUUCGCGCUGUGCUGAUCAUAAUCAUCUUUAAUGGCAUUGUUUUGCACGUCCCGGUCAUUAUCCUAGUAUACGGCUCUAGUUCAUCGAAUCCAGGCCCCUUCAUCCGUCCGUACUCUGUCUACGAGAAGCUGCAGUUGACCGUCUUCUUCAUCCAAGAGACCAUCAUCUCCGGCCUAUAUAUCUGGGAGGCUACGAAACUCCUAAAAGCCGAGAGGGAUAUAAGAGGGAGGGCCGGGCCGAAACGUGUCAUGAAUCAUCUGAUCUACGUCAACAUCAUCGUCAUUCUGCUCGACGUCACCAUCGUAGCUCUCGAGUUCGCGAAUUAUUACGACGUACAAACAGGCUACAAGCCGCUGGUAUACAGCAUCAAGCUGAAGAUGGAGUUUAGCAUCCUCAAUCGGCUUGUGGAGUUGACGCAGAGUUCGACACACAGUAGCUCAUACACAUGCGGUCGUACCGAUGCGACUGCUGGCGUGGCGUUGGACACUUUCGCAGCGGACGGCACAAGCUGUUCAAGAGGGAUAACCUGGAGGAGGUCAGACGAGGCUCACAUUGGCAGUGGGGGGAACGACAGAGAUCUGGAACGCAGUGCCACGGGUGCGAUGCGGACCACCGAGCCACGACCGGGCCGCAAUGGGGAGCUGGAAAGCCUUAACGGAAAAACGGACACGAUGCGCUGUAUGUGA